AUGAGACGACUGAUCACGAAACUAGUCAAAACACGUCCUCCUAGCAUAUUGAUUAUCACCAAGAAUAAUUACUCAACAUCGAUAAAAACCGUUGACGAAGGUCCAGUAGCUGAAUUGAAAAAUCAAAUAGCCGCCAAGAAGCUUCAAGAAGACCCUGUUCAACUCAAAGUAGCCGAACAGCUUCAAAAAGUCUAUGAAAAUGUCAAGAAUUACCAGCCUGCACAAACAAAUUUCUUCAAGAAAUUCCUAUCAUCGAACAAGAAAAAUGUUCCAAACGGUUUGUAUAUUUAUGGGGCGGUUGGUGGAGGUAAGACAAUGCUGAUGGACCUAUUUUUUAACACUUGCAACAUUGAGCUUAAAAAACGCGUUCACUUCAACGAAUUCAUGAUUGAUGUUCACCAUCGAAUGCACCAACUCAAACAAGAGGUGGUGCAAGAUUUUUCAGAUAGAAAAGCGAAGCCUUUUGAUCCGAUUCCUCCUAUAGCAAAAUCGAUUUUUGAAAAAUCUUGGCUGUUAUGUUUUGAUGAAUUUCAGGUAACUGAUGUAGCUGAUGCUAUGAUACUUAAAAGAUUAUUUACGGAGCUAUUUAAUAAUGGCAUUGUUAUGAUAGCUACUAGUAAUAGACCUCCAGAGGAUUUAUACAAAAAUGGCUUGCAGCGCUCAAAUUUUCUCCCUUUUAUAGAUGUCCUCAAGCAACACUGUGCUGUGGCUAAUUUAGAUUCUGGUAUAGAUUAUAGACAAAAAAUCAUAGGAGAAAAAACUAAUUAUUUUAUUAAAUCGAACUAUAAACUAGAUCCAAUAGAGCCAAUUUUUAAGUUUCUUUGUUCCAAAGAAAAUGACAUAAUUAGAGGCAAGUCGUUUGUAAUAUUAGGCAGAGAUGUCUCUUUUAGAAAAGUAUGUGGAGGGAUUUUGGAGACAUCUUUUGACGAACUUUGCAAUAGGCCUUUAGGUGCUAACGACUAUCUUCACCUAACACAAUUUUUCCACACAAUCAUCAUAAGAGAUGUACCUAGAAUUGACCUUGUAAAAAUGCGCUCUGAAGCCAGAAGAUUCAUAACGCUAAUUGACGCCCUUUACGAUCAAAAAACCAAAGUUAUCAUGGUAGCUGACGUACCAAUUAAACAAUUAUUCACCUAUACCAAAGCUUCAAGCGACGAUAUUAGUGAUGAACACAGAAUGCUUAUGGAUGACUUAAAAAUAGGCGACAAUGAUUUGACUGCUAAUAUUUUUACUGGUGAUGAAGAGAUAUUUGCUUUUGAUAGAACAAUUUCAAGGUUGAGCGAGAUGCAGAGUCAGGAUUAUUGGGGCGAUAAAGGUAAAGGGACAGGUAAACAUCAGUAA